CAAAAGAAAUUGCUAUCCGACAAAUACGACACUUUACCAACCGAACACGAGAAAUCGAAAAUUAAAAUCAAAACACUAGAAAAAACAGUGGAACACAUAAGCAACAAGUGUACAUUCUUGGAAAAAUGCAACGGCGCCCUGGAACAACGUGUGCACGACUUUGAGCAGUCAACUCGUAAACAUAACAUCGAAAUCGUAGGUAUAGAACAGCUGCCGGGAGAGAAUGUGAAAGAAGUAGUAACGAAGAUCGGAAAUAUGAUUAAUGUCAGUAGCGAUGAUAUCGAUUUUGUGAGAAGAAACCAACCUAGAAAACAAGGAGUUAAAACAUCAUCAAUAAUCGUAGGAUUCAAAUUUUCUGGCACCGAGUCACGUGACGCCUGGCUGGCUCAACGUCGAAAGCUCGCGGAUGUAACGAGUGACAAAAUAACCGGUGGUACUAACAAUAAUAAGAUAUAUAUUAAUGAAGACCUCACUAAGGCGACGAGAACACUGCUACGGAAAACGAAGAAAGAACUAAACAAUAAAUACAAGUACAUCUGGGUGUCCAAAGGUAAAAUGUUGGUCAAGAAAUCAGAAGACGAGAACUCAAUCUGGGUAAGAUCUGAUGGCGACGUCAACGAUCUACUCAAAACAUAAACAUAGGUAUGUUGGAUUAUGUUAUGUACUUAGUUUAUUUUCUUAAUGUUACAUUUACCUACUCACCUAAGUACCUACUUAUAAUUCCCCAUAAUAUUCACAUAUUAAUUGUUUAAUUCACGCCCGCAAACGACAUCGAUAUAAUCAUUGAUAAUACAGUUACAUCAGUAGAAAUAGAAAAUUUAGAUAUGUGGAUAUCAUCCAUAAAACGUAAUAGCUGUCUAUGUAUAUUGCAUUUAAAUAUUAGAUCCUUAAAAAAGAAUUUCCACGAACUAACAGUUACCCUACAUAAUAAUUUAAAAUACAUUGAUGUUAUAAUUAUAACAGAACCGAACAUUAACUUUUCCAUGAUACAACUUUAUAAAAUUGAAGGUUUUAAUAUUCAUUGUUUAACAAGAACGGGGCGAACCGGGGGAGGAGUACUAGUUUACACACGCGACUCAUUGAAGGCUCGAGUAAACGAGACGGAAUACACACGAAACCUACAAUCGGCGGAGUGCGUUUCCAUUGUGCUCGAUAACUGCGGGAGUGAUCCGGUUUAUUUGUUAUGUAUCUAUCGUCCUCCAAAAAUUAACAGGAAAGAUAAAAUAAAACAAUUCCUCGAAGAAUUACGUAACAUAUUAGAUAAAAGUUUUUCAACACGAGAUAACUUAAUUAUGUGUGGCGAAAUAUUAACCUCUUAAAAGAGCAGGAUAGGCGGGUAAUGGAAUAUGAAACUUUAUUAGCUGAAUUCGGACUAGAUGCAUAAAUAAAAUAACACGUAAAGAAAUUAUGAAAGGGAACAUUGUCGAAUCAUGUCUAGAUCACAUUUACAUAAGGAUACCAUCCGCACUUAUCCAUUCCGCGGUAAUACAGCAAAAAAUAUCGGAUCACUUCUUAGUAACGGCCGCAGUGCAGUGGAACCGCGCGCCGCGGAAUAACGCACGCGCUGGCAACAGCGCACCGAGCGGGCGCGAGCCGCGCGGGCGGCCGGCCGACGAGCGGAGUCGCCGAAAUAUACCUACCGCGCAUCGUCGCCGCAUUCGUGAUAAUCGUUUGGUUAGAGAAAAUCACACUACCUUAAUUACCGUAACAACACAUGUAUUUACACUACUGUACUACAUAACAAACUAUAGUAAAUUUCCUAACUAAGAAAUGUAUCCGAUGACUAACUACCUAAACAUGCUAAUAAACAUACA